UCAGCGCACUAACGCCUAUAUUUUGGGCGGAAGUAAAACCUCAGCUCUACUCUAGUUUCGUUGCUGGGAUGGCGGCUUCAACCGAAGCAAAACUGGAACAGUUUCUGCUGUGGUUACAGGCUAAUAAAGUUGAAUUACGUGGAUGUAAAAUCAAGUACUCUGAUGAAAAUAAAGGCUUCGGAAUAUUUUCAUCUGAUGAAGCUUCUGAUGGGGUUCUACUCGUUGUUCCGUUGGAUUUGGCUAUUACUCCAAUGAUAGUUCUUCAAGAUCCUCUUCUUGGACCGGAGUGUAGAGCAAUGUUUGAAGAGGGGGAAGUUGAUGACAGGUUCUUGAUGAUUUUGUUCCUAAUGCUAGAGCGUCUCCGUAAGAAUUCUUCGUGGAAGCCGUACCUUGAUAUGCUUCCAACAACAUUUGGGAAUCCAUUAUGGUUUACUGAUGAUGAGCUUUUGGAGCUGAAGGGGACAACAUUGUAUCGGGCUACUCAAUUGCAGAAACAAAAGUUGCAGUCUUUGUAUAAUGACAAAGUAAAGGAUCUGGUAGAGAAACUACUGAUUCUGGAUGGGGGUUCGAAAAGUGAGGUCUCUUUUGAAGAUUUCCUUUGGGCAAAUUCUAUAUUUUGGAGCCGUGCAUUGAACAUUCCGCUUCCACAUUCCUAUGUAUUUCCACCAAUUCAAGAGGAUCAGGAUAAUUGCAGUUCAGUUAAUGAAAGUUCUGAGGCUUGCACUUAUCAUAUUUCAUCUGGAGAGUUGCUUAAUGGAAAAAAUGAGAAAAAAUGUGAGACACUUGCGGUUAAUGAUCAAGUCAAUGGAACAGCUUCCAGUGCCACAUCAAAUCUAAGUGAGACGAUUUGGGUGGAGGGUCUUGUCCCUGGAAUUGACUUUUGUAACCAUGAUUUGAAGGCAUUGGCAACAUGGGAAGUUGAUGGGACGGGAUUGAUGACUGGAGUUCCUCUCUCCAUGUACCUUCUUUCUGCUGUAGAGAAGCCCAUUCCAGAAGAGAAAGAGAUUUCCAUUAGUUAUGGUGGCAAAGGAAAUGAGGAAUUGUUGUACCUGUAUGGCUUUGUCAUUGAUAAUAACCCAGAUGACUAUCUGAUGGUCCAUUAUCCUGUAGAGGCAAUUCAGAGCAUGCCCUUUUCUGACUCCAAAGCAAUGCUUCUUGAAAUACAGAAAGCUGAAAUGCGGUGCCUUUUACCAAAAUCUUUGUUGGAUCAUGGGUUUUUUCCACCUGUCUCCCAAAAGGAUGAAAACAAUAGAGAACGCAAAGUUGAUCAAAUCUGCAAUUUUAGCUGGAGUGGUCAGCGCAAAACACCGUCAUAUUUAAAUAAGCUGGUUUUCCCCGAAAAUUUUAUGAGUGCACUGAGAACCAUUGCUAUGAAAGAAGAUGAAUAUUCAAAGGUGUCCUUAUUGCUUGAAGAGCUUGUUGGGUGUGGAAGGGAGGAGCAACCAUCAGAUACAGAAGUUCGAGCGGCCGUAUGGGAGGCUUGUGGAGAUUCUGGAGCUCUGCAGUUGCUUGUGGAUCUUCUUUAUGUGAAGUUGAUGGAUCUAGAAGAGAAUUCUGGAACAAAGGAGUGUGACUGUGAACUUCUUGAGAAAUUGCUCAUUACCAAAAGCCCAGGACUACAUACAGAUUAUGAGAACAACUCGAGCAAAGAGACUUGUGACUUGACCCAAUACAAGAUGAGUAGAAACAAGUGUUCAAGUAUAGUAUAUCGACGAGGACAAAAGGAACUCACUCGCUUAUUCUUGAAGGAAGCAGAGCAUGCCUUACAAUUAGCUGUUAGUGAAGGAAACUAACUUUUGAUUGAUUUUCAUUUGUGCCAAAAAGUUUCAGAGCAGGACUGAUCAAUUCAACAUUUAAUCAUGUUUCCACCAACCUCAUAAAGAGCAUGCGUUGAGGUAUGGAAAAUGUGCAGCGUGCUCAUUUUGCUUGUGCAAGACAAGUAUAUUUUUAUCUUAAGCAAAAUCCCUUCUGAAUUUUUUUCCAAGGUCA